AUGACGCUACUUGAGCGAAUGGUGGAUCAAUAUUGUCCGGAGGAAAAUAACCUGCAUAAGAAGAAGGAUUUUGUCUUUGUUAAGACAGCAGGUCUAUUAGAGGAGAGUUACACAAACACGAAGCUCCCAACAGAUGAAUCUCGGGCGAACGGUGAUUAUCUCGACAAACAAUUAGGAGCUGUUAUCCAGAAGAUCAUUGAUAUGGUAAACUCGGGCCAUGGUAGAGGACAUUUGGUUGGUGCAGAGGCCUGUUCUUGGGCUGCUGUAUGCAUUAUCAGGGCAUGGGCAACGAAUGUCCAAAGCAUCAGAGCUGGAAUAAGAGGAGCGGAUAAUAUGGCUUAUAUAAAAACUUAUGGAGAUGAUGAAAUGAUGGCCAUCUCCCUGGAAGAGGAGGUAAAUUUGCAAGAUCUUCCAGCUAUGAUGAUAUUCGGUUGA